CUGAGAGAUGCGAACUGCCUUUUUCUGCACUACACAUUCUUUGUGAUUCUUGGAUUUCAUUAAGCAGAGUAUGGUAAACAUAACACUGUCGACAACACCUCCCAGAACUUUUCAAAUUUGAAGCUUUCAAGGAAUGUACAAAUAUUUGUUAAUAUAAGGUGGAGUGAAGGUCACUGGAUGUUAGAAAUAUAAAUCUUCAGUGACACUUCCGUGGCAAACGACGCUUGUAAAAAUGUCUAAAGUUCACCACGUGGAGAAAGACGAGGAGUUUGAUAAUAUAGUCAAAGGAGCAGGGUCAAAACUGGUUGUAGUGGACUUCUUUGCCACAUGGUGUGGCCCAUGCAAGAUGAUUGCACCCCAGUUUGAGAGCCUCAGCUCAAAAUACGAAGAUGUCGUGUUUGUGAAGGUUGACGUCGAUAAACUGGAGAGUACCUCAACCAAAUUCAACAUUAGUGCAAUGCCCACAUUCAUUGCUCUUAAGGAUUCUAAGAAAGUGGACGAAGUUGUCGGGGCUAACAUCAGCAAAGUUGAAGACCUUAUCAAGAAGCACAAAUAGUGCAAACUUUCUCGUACUCAAGAAAAUUUAAUCUUGAAAAUUAAAAAAUAUUUUAAAUAAACAUAUAUGAUUAUUAA